AAAAAAUUCAUCAAACUCCAACAAACUUCACUCAGAUAUUUCUUUUCGUUUGACACGGUUUAAAAAUGGCUGGUCGCGGUGGAAAUUCUCGUCGUGAACAAGAAGUUGAUAGCACAAUUACACACGUACAAUGUGAUGGAUUAGCUGUUAUGAAAAUGGUAAAACAUUGCCAAGAAGAGUCCUCCAACAUGGACUUGGCUCAAGGUGCUCUCCUCGGCUUGGUCGUGGACAAGCGUUUGGAAAUCACCAAUUGCUUUCCAUUCCCUAAAAGCGGCGACGAACUCAUGGACGAGGAUAUGUAUCAAUUGACAAUGAUGCGUCGUUUACGCCGUGUCAAUGUCGAUCAUUUCCACGUCGGUUGGUAUCAGAGUUCCGAUGUUGGUAAUUUCUUGUCGUUGCCAUUAUUGGAAUCACAAUAUCAUUACCAGACUAGCAUUGAAGAGUCAGUUGUUGUUAUUUAUGACACUGCGAAGUCUGCUCGUGGGUUCUUAACUUUGAAAGCGUAUCGUCUGACUCCACAGGCCAUUGCCAUGUACAAGGAGAAUGACUUUACUCCGGACGCUUUGCGUCAACUCAAAGUUGGCUAUGAAACGUUGUUUGUUGAGAUUCCAAUUGUCAUUAAGAACUCACCUCUGACUAAUAUCAUGAUGAGUGAGUUGAGCGAAAUGGUGCCCGAAGAUCAGGGUCAUAACUUUUUGGAUUUGGGAACUGCGUCGGUGUUGGAGAAUCAUAUGCGUUGUUUGAUUGAUAGAGUCGAUGAACUCUAUCAGGAAUCGAUGAAGUACAAUAAGUACCAACAGAUGGUCUUUAAACAGGAAACCGAGAAACAUCGUGCUUUAGCUAAACAAGCUGCUGAAAAUGCAGUUCGUGUUGCUAAAGGUGAAUAUGCUAUACCAGAAGAGGAGGUUCUUAAGCAGUUCCGUCCUUUGCCAGUGCCAAUUCGAUUGAAUGCCACAAUUACUUCCGGACAAAUUAAUACUUAUUCCCAACAUAUAUCGCAAUUCUGUUCUCAGUCUUUGGCCAAGUUAUUUAUUACUAAAUCAUUGCAAGAUGCUAAGGAAGCUAAGGAUUCGAAGUAGAUUGUCGCCAAAAAAAGAAAACAAUUGAAUUUCAAAUUUAAGAACAAAAAUCGUGUGUUUUUUUGUAAAAAAAAAGAA